AAUGAAAUUAUUGUCAGAAAUGAAUUGAAUCGGACUAAAUUGGCUCGAUUAAAUCGGUUUAUACAGUAUUUAUUAAUCUUAAUCCUUACAGGCUUAGCCCUAUAAAGACGUGAGCUUAGAAGCAAAGUUGGACUGGUAAUAAUUGUUCUUCUUUGCAUUUCCAACUGGUUAAAAAUCAAAACAUGGCAUUCGCUUCCUGGCUUUUUCGCUUACGUUCUUCUUCCAAAAGAGCCUGCACCAAUCUCCGCAACUCCUUUUUCCACAGUGUAGGAGUCCAAAGCACAACCACCACUGAAAAUCUUAUCGACCCCGCUACCGCAAAACAGCCAUUCCUGUUAUGGUCAAGUUCUCUGCUUCCUCUGACCCUUGCUGCCACUGCUGGAUCGCUCGCCUUCCAUUUCCAAUCUGAGCCUUCUUACUGCGAUGCCUCGAAUCUCGAUUCUCGCAUUGGAGGAAAAAGUAGCACAGAGUUUCUGGUAAGAGGUUCCCACAAGAAGGUGCCUCAAGAGCUUAUUGAUGAAUUAAGGGCAAUUUGUCAGGAUAACAUGACAAUGGAUUAUGAUGAAAGAUACUUCCAUGGAAAGCCACAAAACAGUUUUCAUAAAGCUGUAAAUAUCCCGGACGUUGUUGUUUACCCUAGGUCAGAAGAGGAAGUUUCCGACAUUGUUAAAUCUUGUGACAAGCAUAAGGUCCCUAUAGUACCUUAUGGUGGAGCGACUUCAAUUGAGGGACACACCUUAUCACCUCAUGGUGGUGUUUGCAUUGAUAUGUCACUAAUGAAGAGUGUUAAGGCACUGCAUAUUGAGGACAUGGAUGUGGUUGUUGAGCCUGGAAUUGGGUGGAUGGAGCUUAAUGAAUACUUGGAGCCUUACGGUCUAUUCUUUCCCCUUGAUCCAGGACCUGGUGCAACCAUUGGUGGAAUGUGUGCUACACGUUGCUCUGGUUCUUUAGCUGUGAGGUAUGGAACUAUGCGAGAUAAUGUCAUUAAUCUCAAGGUGGUUCUUGCAAAUGGAGAUGUUGUCAAGACAGCUUCUCGUGCUCGAAAGAGUGCUGCAGGGUAUGAUUUGACUCGCUUGGUGAUUGGAAGUGAAGGAACCCUUGGCAUAAUAACAGAGGUCACUCUAAGACUUCAGAAAAUUCCGCAGCAUUCUGUGGUUGCAAUGUGUAAUUUUCCUACUAUUAAGGAUGCAGCAGAUGUUGCCAUUGCCACUAUGCUGUCUGGCAUACAGGUAUCAAGGGUGGAACUUCUGGAUGAGGUUCAAAUAAGAGCUAUAAAUAUUGCCAAUGAGAAGAAUUUACCUGAAGUUCCUACUCUGAUGUUUGAAUUCAUAGGCACAGGUGAGCCAUUAAGCUUUGUGAUAAAACUUCUCGGUUUACUGCAGAUAAGAAAAGAGGCUCUAUGGGCUUGUUUUGCAAUGGAACCCAAAUGUGAGGCAAUGAUUUCGGAUGUGUGCGUUCCUCUAUCGAAGCUAGCAGAGUUAAUAUCAAGCUCUAAACAAGAGCUGGAUGCAUCACCUUUGGUUUGCACAGUUAUUGCUCAUGCUGGUGAUGGAAACUUUCAUACUUUGAUCCUUUUUGACCCAAACCAAGAAGACCAGAGGCAAGAAGCAGAGAGACUUAACCAGUUAAUGGUUUAUGCUGCUUUGUCAAUGGAAGGAACAUGUACUGGUGAACAUGGUGUUGGCACGGGAAAAAUGAAGUAUCUUGAGAAGGAACUGGGAGUGGAGGCCUUGAAGACAAUGAAAAGAAUUAAAGCAGCUUUAGAUCCAAACAAUAUCAUGAACCCAGGAAAACUCAUUCCGCCCCAUGUUUGCUUUUAAGAGCACCUUUUGGUGCACCUAGCUGGCACAUCCUUGUCAGUUCUUUGUAAGAGCUUGUAUUACUGAGGUAGGUUCCUAAGCCCAUCUGUACCAUUUAGAAUAUCUUGUUUGGGCCCUACUUAUGGAAUCUAUUUGACAUACAUGAGGUUAUAACAGGCCAAAUUAGUGGUCAGUACAUCCUUGAAUUUGUAUUAUUCACAUUUUGCUGAGACAACCUAACAUCUUUUGGUUCAUGCUUGUUUAUCUUUUUCUUUCACAUCAAACACAUACAUGAUCGACCCUAGAAAAUGUAUCUAGAUUGUACAUUUUGACAAUCCUACAUUUUUGCUGCUGUUAGAUGAGGACGAAAUAUUACGAACUAUUUUGAUAA